GGCGACGGGGUAAUUGGCGACGCGCAUUCUGCGUGCACAAUUUAACCAAAAUAAAGGGCACGAGAUUUGUGUGGUGUGCAUGCGUGUGUGUGUAUGCGAAGAGAGGAAGAGAGAGUAGUAUUGGUUGGGUGUACAGGGUUUGCAGGUCACCCCCUGCGAGGGCGAAUGUUUUGCCAGUGAAAAUGCGUAAAACACACCGAGUGUGUGCCGAAAUCCCACAUCACACAACACACAAACACACUCGGAUGCACAGGAACCAGAGAGAGAGCGAGAGGCAUCGUGACGUCGACCAUAUUGAAAGAUUUUCAUCCCCUCGGGGGGCGUUCGGUGCUGAAAACAACACCCCAGAGCAAGCCAUGAAAUUUGUAUUUGAAGCGCGCGGACGACAGUGCAAAAUGGAAAAUCGGCUCGCAGUGUGUGUGUGUGUUUGUGUGCUGUUGUGACGACGUUAAUUUGGUGUUAAUUUAACGCAUACCCAGCGAACGGGAGUGGCGAUCCUACCAACGGAGUGUGUGCGUAGCUGCCCUUACGAUUGCCCGAACGCGGUGAAAAUGCAUGUGUGAGGAGAUUGACAAGGCAGCAAUGUAAAAUCGAGCACACACAGUAAUCUAGAAGCUUGAAAAGAAUCUAACAUGUGUGUGUAUGUGUGUUUUGUGCUUAUCGAUUUUGGUCGAAGGUGCGUGUGCUGUGUUUGCCCGUGUGUGUCUGUUCCUUUCCAUCAAGCCAGGAAGGGGUGAAGGGAGAGGGCAUCACGUUUUUCGUCUGCGCACAUACAAACACGCACCGCCUACUGUGCAUGCGAAGCCUCUGUGUCCCGUGUGCGAAUGUAUGUGAAAGUACGGAACUGACAUUUUAGAGCGAGCGAGCGAGCGAGCGAGAGAGCUAGAGAGAGGAGAAAGCAAACAAAAACAAUAGGGCCGCGCUGUCGCUGCAAAAACCAAAACACAACACAACAGCACUUUUUCGCACCAAACAGACCAAUUUCACUGUUCCUUUGGAUGUGUGUGUGUGUGUGUGUGUGUGGUUCCCUUUUUUUGUGGGUUUUCCUGAUCGUGAGAAUCUCGGUUCGGGGGGAUGUGGUCACCCCACCGGGUGUUUUAUGUAAUACACAGAUUCUGCCCGCAAUCACAACCGCGCCCCACAAAAGAACGCCCCGAAACGUCCCUUAAUUGUGUUAAUUAAGUCCCGCUCUCUUGCACAUCCCACCCUGCGAGUGUGAACCUCAAAUCCCCUCCUCUUGAAUGUAGUGUUUCCCAACAAUUUCCUUUCCAGCCGUGUUUCUGACAGCAGCUUUAGAGCGUUUCGCGAAAAUACGGCACCAGCAGCAGAACAGCACACGAGCCAAGCAGGCGGCGGCAGUAGGCGAGAUGCUGUGAGAUGGCGCUAGGAUAGUUUCACACGUUGUGUGCGUGCGUGCCAAUGUGUGUAUGUACAGUAAUGGAGGUGUUCUAAAAAUAUAAGGCAAACAGUUUUGUCUGAUUUCGGUGUCGUGAGUGCGUGCGUGCAAGAAAGAGAGAGACACCCUCAAAGAGGGAUAGUAUCUCGAGUGAAGAAAAUCGAUCUAUCACCACGCAACGACCCUGGGCGUUGUUUGUUGCCCAUUUGCCAUUGAUAAUUAGUGGUGGUGGUGGUGAAGGUGGCGGUGAUGGUCAGUAGCGGCGUUUGAAGGGCAUUCGAAGGUACUGGUGGAGACUGCCCUUCUGGAAAGGAGCAACCGAUUGCAACGGUCGCAGUAGAUCGGCGCGAUCAAACACACCUUCCUCCUGUCGCCGAGUGGUGAAGAAGCAAAAUUACCUCAACCCUUAGUAGCAAAAGCAACAACCACGAACAAGAUGUCGAUAUCGAACGGGAAAACCUCUUCCGACAUCGAGAAUGUAGACUGGAACUCGUCCGGGAUGUUGACCCACACCAGGUACGGUUCCACCAGCAGUCAGGUGUCGCAAAGCAGCGGCGACAUUUGCCGCAUCUGUCACUGCGAGUCCGACACACACAACCCGCUGCUGACGCCCUGCUACUGCUCCGGAAGUCUAAAGUUCGUGCACCAGACCUGUCUGCAGCAGUGGCUGACGGCGUCGGAAACGAAUUCCUGCGAGCUGUGCAAGUUCCCGUUCAUCAUGCACACGAAAAUCAAACCAUUCAACGAGUGGCGCAGCCUGGAUAUGUCCGGCGUGGAACGGCGCCGGCUGUGCUGUGCCGUGCUGUUCCACUGUGCCGCCGGUCUGUGCGUCAUCUGGUCGCUCUGCGUGCUGAUCGAGCGGGCGGCGGAAGAGGUACGGCGCGGACAGAUCGGGUGGCCGUUCUGGACGAAGCUGAUCGUGGUGACGGUGGGGCUUACCGGGGGCGUCGUCUUCAUGUACAUCCAGUGCAAGCAGUACUUGAACCUGUGCAACCGUUGGCGUGCAAGAAAUCGCAUUUUGCUCAUACAGAAUGUGCCGGAAAAGGUUCACCCGCCCCAGUCGCCCCAGAUGCCCCAGUUUCGGCGCGUCCAGACGGCAGCAACCUCGGGCCAACCGCUCGGCGGCGGCGGCGGCACGAUGGGCAUCAAUGCGGUGAACAAUGCGGUGACGGCGUCGGUGGCAGCGGCAGCAGCGGCCGCGGCCGCCGCCCGCCAGUCGUCGUACGAUCAUCCGCUCGGUGCGGCCACGGUCAACGUCAGCCUGGGGGGCGGUGGACCGUCAACCGUCGGCGGAGGCAAUCACUGCGAGCUGCAGCUGAACCAGCAGGGUCAGAUCAUUGCGGCCAACAUCGAGAGCAACUCGAUCGGGGGGUACGAUCGCGACUGGACGCUGGACGACAUCAGCCAGGUGUCGUUCAAGCCGUGCCUGCAGGGCAGCGGCAGCCUGACGCCGAUGCCAUUUCACGACUCGGUGCACAACAUCUGCGAAACGACGACGGGCAGCGGAAGUGGCAUCAUGGUGAUGAGUGCUACCUCGACGACGGCUGGCGGCGGUGGUGGUGGUGGCACUGCCACAUCCUCCUCCACCAUCACCACGAACGGUAACGGCAGCACGCAUCGGUAUUCCACCGUGUCGAGCUCGUCGAAUCCGGGUGGGGCGGAACAGAACACGAACAGCGUCGGUAAAUCGAUCACUGGCGGUGGUGGUGGUCCCGAGCUAUCCCUGCUGACAAAGCUCAACAAUGGAGCGGCCGAGCGGAGUAGAAGCAACUCCCCGAACGUAGUGCCCCGUCCCGAGGCCGGCCCGGCGCCCGGUGCGAUGGGCCGGUACGUGAAUUCGGCCAUAUUCCUCGAAAACCGUGAUAUUUUAAACGAUCCCGCGCUGGGACCGACGGGCCAUGACGAGCCGCCGGCGAGCAAGCUGUACCACCGACACUCGACCGUACUGAGUGGAGGUGGGGCAGCAGCACCGCCACCAGUCGGCAUGGCUGCUGGUUUUGGCCGGGAGGAGGCGCUGGCCACCCAAUCGGUAGCUACCGAACCGAGCAAAUCGUACCGCCGCUACUCGGACACAAAGUUGCUGCAGAAGCAAUCGCUCAGCUUCCCGCAGGAACCGCUCGCGCUGUGCGAGAUCGGCACGCACACCAAAGACCAGCUGCUGCUCAAUCCCAAAAGCAUCAUCUACGACAUGACGAGCCUGCUCGGUCCGGCCGUCGACCUUAAGGACCCGCACCCGAUCAAUGCGGGCGGUUCGUCGUCCGAUCGGGCGCUACUGACCGGCGAUGGGGCGGCAGGCAGCAGCAACGGUCGCCAUCACCACAACCACCAUCACCACAGCCACCAUCACCAUCAUCCGCAUCAUCACCAUCGGCACCAUCACGGGGCGUACCAUCAUCAUCCGCUUGCGGGGCCGGUCGAUGGCGGCCGGCCGGUGGGCGCCGACGAUUCCAUCCAGCAGAAUGCGCUCCAAACGACCGACAUCCAGUUCGAAAGCGGCGCCCCGCUGGACGACGAUGCGCUCGAGAUGAACAUACAGGAAAUACUCGAGUACGAUCAGCUCCAGCAGCAGCAGCAGCAGCAACAUUAUUACGCACCGGACAAACACUCUCCUCGUGCGCUGGUGGAGCAGCGAUUAUCGCUCGAGAACAUCCUGCAGUCGUCGUACCACGACGAUCCAGGCGCGGUACCGGUCCGCCCGUACUACGACCACCACGGCCAUUCGAUGCUGUCGCUUAGUCUCGCCAGCAAAACGCCACCUCCUCAUCCUCCUUCCACGCUCCUCAGCGGUGCGGCGGGCGUCGGUGGUAGCCACGUGGUGGCGCCGCCGCAGAUCGUACCGCCGACACUGUCCACCGACUAUCCGUACCCGCGCUCGACGAUGGCCGGUACCGUCGUCGUGGCGGAAAGUCCCUAUCAGCAGCAGCAGCAGCAGCAACAGAUGCAUCCCCAGCUGCAGCAGCAACGCUCACACUGCUGUGGUGAAACGGUGGACGCGUCACGUUUCGCCAGCGACAGCAACAAGCUGAAGCUGUUCAAAUCCUUGCCCAAUUUGAGCGCGAGCAGUGAAAAUCUACUCCCGUAGGGGCAAAAGCGUUGCGCGGGGAGCAAAUCAAUUACUUCAAGCAUGAGGCUGACCACCAACCAACAGGACGCUGCGGUGUAGUAGUAGUAGUAGUAGCUGUGGGUUUAGUGUGUAGGAAAAAUGAAGGCAACGGGGGUAAGGGAAGAAACGUAAAAUAUUUGUGAUUGUUCGCUAGAGGUAAACCAAGCGCUGUAGAUGAUAUUUUAGCAGGGUUUUAAGCAUUAGUAAGUGAUCGGGAUGUGUGUGAGUGAGUGUGUGUAUGAGUGAAAGGAUGUGUGGAUUUAUAGACUUGAAAAAACGAACCCUUAGGAAAGAAACAGGAAGUUGCGAUCGGAAGCAGGAGGAGCGUUUGUGAGCGAAUAGUGUGUAUGUAUGUGUGCGUGCGUGCGUGUGAAUUCUAGUGAUAGGAAAACCGGCGCCAAUUUCUCAACUUUCCCUGUUCUUCUUGUAACCCCUCUCUGUCUCUCUCUCUAUCUAUAGUAGUCACGUUUUAACCGACCGAACUUCCGACCGAAAGGUCAAUCUUAACUAGCAGCAAACAAACAAUGCGCACUCCCUUCGACAUAUUUUAAACUUUCCCUCCGUUUGGGACUGUUGGGACUGAUGGGACUGAUAGGUAUGGCCAUCGGGAAUGCUGGCAGGCACUGGCUGGCUGUGGCUGGCUUCCACCCUGGUUGGAUGUGUGCUGUUGGAUUGUGUAGAUAAAGUUAAACAAAACCACUACUAGCAUUAUUAGAUGGAACAAAAAAACCAAUCAAGUCAGUCGUAAAUCUCUCUCUCCUUCUCUUACUGUGUCUCAAUUUCAAUUCAAACACAACAGCGCAGCGCAGAGAGAAGAUUUGUAGGGAAUUCUUGUGCCACGCGGGGGUCGUCCACGCGGGAGCAGGGGAAAUGAAAAUUGUGAAUCGAAUUUUAGCGAAUUAACGUGUAGAAGCAGCAGCCAGUGUGUAGUCGCACGCACUCACACUGAUCGGUGUGUCGUUGUAUGAUGAGAAAAAGCCGGAUUAAAAGAGGAAGGUAUCGAUCGGCACACACACGCGCGCACAAGCAGCAAGGCGGAGAAGCUUUGCUCCAAUUCUUCUCCCUCCGCCCUGCCUGUUAUGUUGUGUCGGUCGGUAGUGAUAGAAGCGCAAGGGACGUAAGCAAAGAAGCUUAGAAUUUUAGACCCAUCGGAAUUUUUUUUAAACUGAAAUUCCCUUGUUUGUAUAGCGUAAUGCUGCGACAUACACACACACACGGCAUAUGCAUUGUGGUGUACAUUUGAUUCUUAGUGAUAACACUGACUCAAUGACUAACUGAGCAAAUAUGUUACUGUUUCAUUUUACUAUUUAAAGUGUCCAAUACAAUUCGAAAAGCAAAACUGG